AGGAGGAAGAGAUAGAAUUUCUACCUGUUGUGAACAAUAAACAAGUGCGGAGAAUCUCAGGGAACUGAGAAAGAGGAAGGCGACAUUUAAAGAGGGAGAGACCCCAACACAUGGCCUGAUCCCUAUGGUGCUGAUCCCUAUGGUGCUGUGUCCAGGGCUGGACAAGACUCUGCUGGCUCCAGGUGAGGAGAUUGUUCGCACCGAUCCUUGGCACUGCACAGCAUCCAGGCACCAUGCCACUCGCACAGGACUCUGCUGGACGCAGGUGACACCAAACACCUCAGAAGAUUAAAGGGAUUGGCCGUUCGUAGUCAUCGGAAAGGAAGAAGCUGUCGUGGAUCAACAGGAAGAAGCUCAGAGGAUAUUGUGACCCUCCUGACGUGGAGUUGUUGACGUCUUCUUGUCUCUGCCCCGCAUCUUCCUGUUUUUGUGUCCAUGGGCGGCCUUCCCACGUCCUGCCGGCCCCUUCUGAAGAUCUACACUUCCAUUUGCAAAUGAUUAUUGCCAGCAUACGGCUCAGGAUUAUUUAUGUGAUUAUGACCACCAAAAAAAUGGAUGACUCUGCUGACAAGUUUGCUCCGGAAUUAACUCUGAGCGGCGCCAUGGCACAUCAUUUUCUUUGAGGUUUCUUCCGAAACUUGAACACUGUUGUUUUUGCCAAAAUGGCAGGUGUUGAUGCUUUACGUCCUCCGAGGGCCCCACCCGACCAGGACCGGAUGCAGACCGAGGCCUUAGAGGAGCAUACAGAACUCUGGUGGUCUAGGCAGCCGGUUACGUCGAUCGCGUGCUACUGCUUGGCUGUCGUCCUUAUCCUAGUUUGUGGCAUCGGUGGCAUUUAUCUAUUAUCCACCACCACCAGCCGGUCGGGAGAAUGGAGACUCGCCGUGGGGGCCACCUUGUGUAUUCUUUCCCUACUCAUUUUGUUGAAGCAACUUUUGAGCUCGGCGAUCCAGGACAUGCAGUGUGUAACCAGAAGGCGCCACAUCGAUAUGCUGAAGAGCGGCGGUCUCUCAGACGUUAUAGUGUUCCUUGUAAGUGCCAUCAUCAUCUUAGUGUGUGGUGUGGUUCUUCUCGUUCUUUCCUUUUCUGGAGAAACCCAGGGGUUCCCUCCAUUUCUGGUCACCAUGCACGCGGUAGGGGUCACACUAGUUGUCAUAGGGGUCAUUCUCCUUGCUGCUGUUGUGACAUUUGAACUUGUGGUGUUGUGUAGGUCUUGUGCUCCCGAUCGAUUCCAUCCAAGGAACAUGAACAUCUUCUCCGUCUCCGGGCAGCUCACUCAGCGGCAGAACACAACCUCAAGUUUGGCCAACCUCAUCUAAGCCAUCUUAGAAUUGACCAAUUUAUCUUCGUGUGUCUUCACAAUGUUUGUAGAUCUGAGCCAAAUUGAGACCAUGCUACUUUUUCAGGAACGCUGGAUGAACCCUGACCCAAAUGUUCCACUAACAGUUUUUGUCGCAUUCUGAAACACAAUCUCUGACAGUCAUUAAGUUGAAUGAAGUAAAGUAGUGAACGUUAAAUUCCAUUUUGGAGGAGCGAUCCUCUGUGAAAAAAAGGCAAGCCGACCAAUCUUGGUCAUAGAUAGGCCUAUGGUUCGCAAAGGUAUAUAGCCAACAUGUUUCGGGGCAGUUACAGUGUACUCUUCCUCGUGGCUUUUUAUCCGGAACCUAAUAUGUUCUUGAGGUGUAACCUAUACCAGUGUUUCUGGGGUAAUUACUAAGCCAGUGAAACUGAUCAAAUCACCUGUGCAAAGUAAUGGGAAGCCUGAAAACAUGACCUGUUGGGGCGCCUUGAGGACUGGAGUUGAGAAACACUGACCUAGACAAUUGGCCCUUCUUCUUACAAUGUAGAAAAUGUAUAAGAUGGGCUAUAUCUCACCUUAGAAACAAAGGGCUAGAUUCAGGUAGAUUUGCGCAUUGUUACGGCGGCGUAGCGUAUCGUAUUUACGCU